UAUGCAAGCCCUGCGUCUUUGGACUCUGCUUGCCACCUAUGCUGUUGCAGUAGGACAAAAUCAAGGACAGAAGAAUCAGGAGUGUCCUAAGCUCAACACACAGAUGCCGGAAUUUCAGAAGAAGACUGUCCAUAUUAAGAACCCAGGGAGAGUAGAAGAGAUUAUCUGUGGCCUGAUCAAAGGUGGAGCUGCCAAACUUCAGAUUAUUACAGAUUUUGAUAUGACAUUAAGUAGAUUUUCCUACAAUGGAAAAAGAUGUCCAACUUGUCAUAACAUCAUAGAUAACUCCAAGCUCAUCACAGAAGACUGUCGGAAAAAGUUACUGCAGCUGAAAGAAACCUACUACGCUAUUGAGAUCGAUCCAGCCCUCACGACUGACGAAAAAUACCCAUAUAUGGUGGAAUGGUACAACAAAUCUCACGCCCUACUCAUUGAACAAGGCUUACAGAAGGAUAAGUUUGCAGAAAUUGUGAGGGAAUCUGACGUUAUGCUGAAAGAAGGAUACGAGAACUUCUUCGAUAAGCUCAGUGAACACAAUAUUCCUGUGUUCAUAUUUUCUGCUGGGAUUGGGGACAUCCUUGAAGAAGUUAUCCACCAGGCCGGGGUCUACCACUCUAAUGUCAAAGUGGUUUCCAAUUUCAUGGAUUUUGAUGAAAAUGGAAUAUUAAAAGGAUUUAAAGGAGAGUUAAUUCAUGUUUACAACAAACAUGAUGGUGCCUUGAAGAACACAGAGUACUUCAAACAGCUAAAAGACAACAGUAAUAUCAUUCUGCUGGGCGACUCCCAAGGAGACUUGAGUAUGGCAGAUGGAGUAGCAAAUGUUGAACACAUCCUUAAGAUCGGCUAUCUCAAUGAUAAGGUAGAUGAGCUUUUGGAAAAAUACAUGGACUCGUACGAUAUUGUCUUGGUGAAAGAUGAAUCCCUGGAAGUCGCCAACUCCAUCCUACAGAAAAUCCUGUAAAUUGCAGUCUGAAGUCACUCCAUUCGUUCCAGGAGCCAACUGGACAGAAGAGCACACAUGUGCUGCCUUAGAUGUGUUUGUUACUCAUUGAUGAACUGUUUAAUUUAAGACUUUUAUCUUCAUUUUAGCAUUUCGAAAUAUCUAGGGUAUCCACUGUUAACUAGAAGCUCCUUUUACUACUGUCUCACACUCCCGCGGUAACGAGAUUCAAACGGGGUUUGUGGCUGCGGCGAACUGCUGCUGCUGGGAUGCUCUGCUACGCUGGUUUCGUUAGGCGUUUC